UUGUGGUCUGAAACGCGCGCUUGACAAAAAGGAAGUCAUCUCUGGAAAAUUAAACUGUCGCUUGUUGUGAGUUUUUCUUUCAAGAAAUAAAAAGACGACGUUUUUCGGCCCCAAAACCCUCAACGAUGGCGCAGGAAAAUAUUUUCCUCUUCGUUCCCAAUUUAAUCGGUUACGCCCGGGUGGUCUUGGCCCUGCUGUCUUUCUUCUUGAUGCCCUGCUGCCCGUGGCCCGCCGUCUUCUUCUACCUGCUCAGCGGUCUCCUCGACGCCUUUGACGGUCACGCCGCACGGGCGCUUAAUCAGUCCACCAAGUUUGGCGCCAUGUUGGACAUGCUGACUGACCGCUGCGCCACCAUGUGUCUGCUGGUGAACCUGUCCCUGAUCUACCCCUCCUACACCUUCCUGUUCCAGCUCAGCAUGUGUCUGGACAUCGCCAGCCACUGGCUGCACCUGCACAGCUCGACUGUGAAGGGAUCGGCCAGUCACAAGACCAUCGACCUCUCUGGCAACCCGGUCCUCCGCAUCUACUACACGUCCAAGCCGGUGCUGUUUGUGAUGUGCGCCGGGAACGAGCUCUUCUUCUCUCUGCUCUACGUCCUCCAUCACAUCGAGGAACCUUUUGCCUGGCUCUACUGGCUGCAGGGACUCUGCGGGACGAUCUGCCUGCUGAAGUCCGGCAUCAGCGUCCUGCACCUGAUCACCGCUUCCCAGAACAUGGCCGCCCUGGACGCCGCCGAGCGAGAGAAAAGCAUGAAGACACAAUGAGAGAGAGAGAGAGAGAGAGAGAGAGAGGAGGCGGUGAGAGCUUCAGCAGCAAAUCCACCACGGUUUUAUUAAUUCUUGUUUUAAGGGUAACAGCAGACUUUGUGCACCUGAACUAACGGUGACUGAAAUAAGACGUGAAACGCGGCAACAUCAGAAAGAAAGAAAGAGAGUUUAUGACCAAAAAAAACACAACAGUCAAAUUCCAGAUCCAGGCAGGUGUGAUUCUUAACGGCGGAUAAUUUAUUUCCUGCAGACGAAACACGAGUUGAAGAGCUGAUGUUUCUGUGCUCUGAUUUAUUUUACAAGCGUACAGGAAGGUUUCACAACAUAAACUGAUAUCACAAUAUAAAAAUACACGUGAUCUUAAUGAAUUGAUUUGUAUCACCAUCACCAGGUGUAUGUGUGGAUGGACAGCCGACAUUUGUGUCUCUCAGUUAUUAUUUGCAUUUGAGUCACUGGUUUGGUUCACGUCCGUUUUUGCAAUGUGUCUUUGCACAAUUAUUGACACAAUCUUUCUAUUUUUCACCUGUGAUAAAAAAAUAACAGGACAAUAUCUGUAAUUUCUGACUCAGAGUUUCCCUAAAGUUGUCUAUUUUUAUGAAAUAUAACAUUAGUCCUCAUUAAGCUUCAGGAGGAAAGUGAGAGGGGAAACUCACCCCGAGUCUGAGUACGUUUAAAGUUCAUGUCACUCGUGCACUGAGUGAAACCCCGGGGUCGCCAUCUUUGAUUGGAUCAGGACAAUGAGAGUCCCGAUUUCAGAAACACAUUAAAAAUGUUUGUCAUCGUGCAGCAGAAGAAACGAUUUUAUGUAACCGCAGCUCUAAAGGCCAGUUUAUCCUUCUGUGUGGAAUCUACGCUGUAGCCUGAUGCAACGCAGACCGCAAGAGCUGUGAUUGGUCAGCAUCACAUUUCCUUCUUCUUCUGCCUCAACCAGUUCAAGGGUCGUGCGUGUCAUCUCCUUCUCUCAUUUCUGCAUUUUAGUCAUUUCUCUAAGGCUGCGUUCAGACUGCAGGCCAAUGUGACCCAAAUCCGAUUUCUUUUUUUGCCCAUAAGUGACUCAGAUCUGAUCUUUUUAUGACGGUGUGAACAAGUCACGUGGAAUCUGAUCUUUUCCAGUUCGGUGGUCCAAAUCCGAUCUUUUUAAAUGCGACCAGAGUCUGGACACUUUCAGACGGUUCACACUGGAGUCUGAUAUGGGCCACAUUUAAACUAUAAUGUGUUAAGUAACUGCAGCUCCAACAUGAUCCGCUAACGAAGAAGAAAAAUAAGCUCAACACAGACGAAUAAAGAAACCCCACCGCCAAGAAGCGUAUAAAUGCUAAAGUAUAAACUGACCUUACGUGUUAAAGAACCUUGUGGGCUUUAUAAAGAUCGACAGGGUUUUAUUUUCACAUCGCUCUGUGGCUGCAGCGAUAAAACACAAGAAGCACAAACUGGAGCUCGACACGUCACCGUAGCUUUUUCAUCCGCUUCAAUUCUGCUAAUCGUAAAGAUGUUCAGCAGUACAACAUCUGCAGUUUAAUAUCCACACUGAAUGCUUGUGAAAUAAAUCUCUUCUAAUUUUUUUUUUUUUUUUUGUGUAAGGCCACAGAUUUGUUCAGUAGCAGUUUGGUUUUACUUCCUCUGGUGACGACACGUAAAAAAAGACAAUCAGACGUCUAUUGGCCUCAACAGAAGCAAAAAAAUCCACAUAUAAUUUAAUUAAAUAUCCAACCAGUGUGACAAAAAUCUGUCACGUUGGGAAUGAACUUCGAUUGCCAGAUUGUCAAACGUUAAGUAGAAACUCGCCGGUUUCUUCUUCUCACACGUGAUUAUCGGAGGGUUCUUUGUCUUCUGCGAUAUUAAAUUUAAUAUCUUUGGCUUUUGGACUGUUGGUAAACAAAAUAGGAUGUGUCGACUGAAUGGACAUUUCUUUAUUAUUAUUUAUUUUCUGAGGUUUUAUGGGCCAAAUUAAUUAAGAAAAUAAUAGUUAAUCGAUGAAGAAAACCCUGAAGUGGCUGAAGCCGGGCAACCCAAAAGCUUCAAAUCGAUCUGUAAAAGAUUUAUUGAUCCGUUCAAACAAACAUUCUGGAGAAAAUGGCCGCCGCCGCCGCCGUGGCGUCUCCUGUUGAGUGGACGUUUCACAGUAAAGCUGAAAACUUUGACAAGAAAAAUCCACUUUUAUUCCUAAUUUGUUGUUUUUAUUGUUCAUUUUUGAUUCCCUGAAGUCUUCAACGACAUCGUUUUGUUCUUUAAUUUUAAAACUGUUAGAGAGUUCUUAAAUGUGCUCAAAUAUUCCUUUUGUGACCUCCGAGCCGCCGCCGCUGUUGCCGUUGUGGGAAGACGAUCAGUACGCGCUUAUUUGACAUUGAUGACGUCGUUUCUUUGUGGUAGAAGAGACGUGUUUCCUUUUUGUUUUAUUCAGCUUAGAAACAAAUAGAAAGUUAUGCGGGACAUAAGUUGUUUUUUUUUACCUCACGUGAGAAGCACCAAGUAUUAUCCGUUAUGGUUUUUGCGUUGUAUAUUUAAAAGUCACUGGUUGUGUGUUUGUGCUGCUGUAAAGCAAAGUUUUAUCGCAGAAUGUGUGUGCAAAGUUUUGAAAUAUAAAUAUUCACCUCUUGGGGUUUAUUUUUUUUUGAUGGAACUCAUUUCCCAGAAUGUAUUAUUAUAAAAUAGAAAAUGUACAAACAACAACAGAACAGAAGUCUAAUAUUAUUUUUAAAAGACGCCAAUUGUUGUAAUUAAUAUAUUUGAUGGUUGUUCUGUUUUGUGCAAGUGGCUUUAACUGACUAAAAGCAGCUACAAAAUAAAGACAAUGAAAACCUGA